CUGUGAAAUACCUAGUCUUUGAAAAAUGGAGAAGUCUACAGCAGUCGCAUACCACCUGUUUCUCGCUCGCAGUGAGUAACCUGUCAGAUUGACACGUGCUGUUCUGGGUGGACAUGAACGCUCUGCAUUUGAUUUAACCUUAACCAUUGAUUGUUUGGUUUGUGUUUUCGGGGUUUUUCGCCAUGUCAAGGCAUUGGUUACGAUGCGCAAUUCUCGAUCACAUCCGAACCACUAGUAGUUGGCUAGUCCGUGGUUUAGUGUAUCUAUGUAGAUUUAGUUGUGUGCGUUUCUCAAUUCAUGAUUACUUCCUCAUUUUGUUCACAGAAUGUAGCGUUCAAAGAGCAGCCAAGGCCAUUUACAAGCAAGUGAUUCACGAUUACGGGGACACGCUUCGGGUGCUCGUACCUUCUGUGUUGUACACAAUACAGAAUACUUUAUUAUAUGUUGCCAUCUCAAACCUCAAUGCAGUCACAUAUCAAAUUCUGUAUCAGUUCAAGAUUUUCACCACUGCUAUUUUCAUGGUCAUACUUCUUGGGCGGAAACUUUCGGCUGCCAAGUGGAUCGCGUUAGUGAUGCUCUGUCUCGGCAUUGUUCUCUCGCAGCUUAAUCCUGAAACUGUGAGCAGUUCUCCACCAUCAAAUCGCACCGCUUCAUCCCCUUUCGCUGGGCUUUGCGCCAUCGUUUUCGCAACGGUCAGUAGUGGUUUCGCUGGAGUGUACUUCGAGAAAAUACUCAAAGGCACUGCACCUUCAAUCUGGAUGAGGAAUAUUCAACUCGCUGCGUUUGGAAUCGUUGUCGGGCUUAUUGGUGUCUACGCCUCUGAUCGAGAAGCCGUGCUUAAUAACGGAUUUUUUCAAGGCUACACUCCUCUCGUGUGGCUUAUCAUAGUUUUGCAAACGUGCAGCGGACUCUGCGUGGCUUUCGUAAUGAAAUAUGCGGACAAUAUACUCAAAGGAUUCGCUACCGGACUGUCUAUGCUCCUAUCGAGCGCUAUUUCCUACUUUGUCCUUGGCGAUUUCCAGCCUACGGUAUGCACCUUCGUUGGAGCUACCCUGGUGAUUGCAGCCACAAUGUUAUACGGUCGCGAACCGAAACAGAAACCUCAGUCAGUCAAUGCGAUCUAACACUGCGUGGAGGCCCAUCCAAUUCCCUUUUUGUCAGCUCUGCUGUGAUAUGCUCUGGUUGAACAAACGGCAACUAUGCCACCGUUUCAGGGCGACUAAUUAGGUAUCGGUGUUGGUAAUAAUGGAUGCUGAUUUAUGCAACAAAAUGUUUAUCUGAAUUA